CUGCGGCUCGGGCCGGGGAUAUAGGCGCCCCCGCCCGGGCCAGCUCAGCUCCGCCGCCCCUCUCGCCAUCUCGCCCAAGGCGUGAUGGCUCCGCUCCGGGUAGAGCGCGCCCCGGGUGGAUCUCCGCUCGGUGUGACCCGCGCCCAGCUGCCGGCCGCGUUGCGCCUCCCUCCGCUGUUGCUGCUGCUGCUGCUGCUGGGCGCUGUCUCAUCCUCUCCGGAGCCCCUGAAUCAAUCUCAUCCCACUGAGGACAGCCUUGUAUCAAAAGGGAAGAUGGAAGACUACGAGACAAGUGUCCUACCUUGCUGGUAUUAUUACAAGAGUAGCAUGGACUCUGUCAAGGACUGGUGCAACUGGACUUUGAUUAGCAGGUAUUACAGCAACCUGCAGUAUUGCUUGGAGUACGAGGCGGACAAGUUUGGGCUGGGCUUCCCAAAUCCCUUGGCAGAAAGUAUCAUCCUCGAGGCUCACCUGGUACACUUUGCCAACUGCUCCCUGGUGCAGCCCACCUUCUCUGACCCCCCAGAGGAUGUGCUCCUGGCCAUGAUCAUAGCCCCCAUCUGCCUCAUCCCGUUCCUUGUCACUCUUGUGGUGUGGAGGAGUAAAGACAGCGAUGCCCAGGCCUAGGGUCCAUAUCUCGGCAGCCCUCUUUUUCCCUUUCUCCUGCUGGAACCAGGAAUCUCUCCUCCCCUCCCUACCCACUUACUCUCAUUCUUCCCACAGACCUUUGGAUUAGUGGAAAUGGCAGCAAAGGGGACUCAUGGCACAAUGUCUGUAGUCUUUAAAAUAAAAUAUGUUUUUGUACAA